CAGAUUCUUGGAAACUAAUUAGCCGGAAUGUUGAUUGCCUGAUGAAUUUCAGGUGCUGUUUAAUGUUGUGUAUCUUAAAUGAGUGGCAAUGACAGGAGGUCAUGUUCAGCUUGUUCAUAAUGCUCUAAUCAGGAUUCAAACUCUCAACCAAUGGAUCACCAGUACACGGCAUUAUCCCUUUGAACCACUGACGUCCCUGUACUGCGUCGUGCCUCAUUCACAUGGUGAAAAUGUCGAUUGAUAACCACGCAACAUCAAGAAAACUCCAAGCACACAUUUCACAAGAGAAUUAAGGGCUUUCUUAAAAUAGUACAGAUCUGAAAUUUGGCACUGUUAAUGGUAUCCACCUAAUGAUAGCCGUAAGGUAGUUAUACAAUAACAAAAUGGUCAUAUAGGCAAAAUAGGUUGUGGACGUUUGGCUUUUCUAUGAAAUUGUGGGAAAAGUCAAACAUUUUAGAGCAGAAGACCAGGGUGAAAAAGAUGCAUCUGAGAGUCGCAAGAACUUUAAAGCGCCCCGUAUUUAAAAGCAUUGAAUCGUAAAGGGUACAAGAAAAACUUUAUUUUUUUGUUGUCCCUUUUCUGAUUUGUUGCUUGUAGAGUCUCUGGUCUCUUCUCACCCGCUCCCGCUUCUCCGGUCUGCACGGCAGCAGGCCACACAGUGUUAAUGCGUCUGCUCAAUCACAAGUUCACACAGCAGCGUUGGAUGAGUUGGAUUAAUAUGCUCGGUUCUGUAUAGUCGUCUCAAAGUUAAUCAUCCUCAAAAGAAAAUCAUUCUGUGGUCCAGCUCCAAGGCACUGGUCUAAUUUUAAAUGGGUACACACAGGCUACCGUCUACUUACCACUUUAUUCAGAAAUUAUCUGCGUUUUGUUGUGAUCUUUUUUUUUUUUUAUGAAAUGGAAAAUAAAAAUAAUGUAAGGCCUAAUGCAAGAUCUGCUGACUGUUUGGUAUAAUUUGGAAUAGUGUUUAAGCAGCCUUGAACCUUGAAUCAAAAGGGGGCGUUGCUUUUCGCCAAUACGCAGUUCCCCCUUUCUUUGAGACUUUAUAUGGCAACUUACCAAACAUGACGAGGUUCAGAUUGUUAUAUAGUCCAUUUACCAUGAUGUUAAUAAAGAAAUAUAAUAUUUUUUUCUCAAAUUAUUAUAAACGAAUACAUUUUAGAACUGAGGACAUAGUGGCCAUCUUCAGACUGUCGAUCAGAGCUGCUCUUUUCUGAUAGUGAGGGAAACUGUCACAGUGAUUCUCCGUCACUACUCAAACCGGGGAUUUGAAAGUGAAACAAAAGAGAGGUAACGAGAGAACACGAGGCCUCACAUAGCUGUCUGAUCAGUCGUUUUGGAUUCACUCUGUGACUACAAUGGCGUACACAUCCUCCCUAGUUGACGAUCUGUCCUGUUCGGUUUGCUGUGACAUCUUUAAAGACCCUGUUAUCCUAACGUGUAGUCACAGUUUCUGCAAAGGCUGUCUACAGACAUGGUGGACGCAAAACCAGGAACAGAACUGUCCACUUUGCAAGAGGAGAUCUUCAAGGACCGAUCCACCCAGGAACAUUGCCCUGGAGAACCUGUCGGAGGCCUUCCAGCAGGAGAACGCGGAUCUCUGCCCUCUGCACGGUGAGAAACUCAAGCUCUUCUGUCUCGAUGACUGGGAGACGGCGUGUCUCAUCUGUCGACAUUCUGAAAAACACGCCAACCACAGAUUCCUUCCUGUGGAGGAAGCUGCCCUGAGCCGCAGAAAAGAAAUGAAGAAAUUACUAAAACCCCAGAAGGAGAAGUUAAACGACUUUGUUGAGACCAAGAGAAAGUGUGAGGACAUAGCAGCGCACAUUGAUGUCCAGACCGCGCACACCGAGAGACGGAUUCAAAAGGAGUUUGAGAAGCUUCACCAGUUUCUCAAAGAUGAAGAGAAGUCCAGGAUCACUGCGCUGAGAGGCGAAAAGAAGUUGAAAGGUCAGAAGAUGAAGAAGGAGAUUGAGGAGCUGUCGAAGCGGAUAGAAACCAUUUCGCACACAGUCACCGAGACGGAGCAGCAGCUGGUGGCUGGAGACAUUUCCUUCCUGAAGAAGUUCAAGGCUACAAGAGAGAAAGUAGCCCAGCCCCAACCCUCGCCAUCUCUACCCGAGGGAGCGCUGCUGGACGUGGCCAAACACCUAGGCAACCUGGCCUACGCAGUCUGGAAGAAGCUGGAGGAGAACGUCUCCUACUCUCCUGUGAUCCUGGACCCCAACACCGCUGGCCCCGAUCUCCACCUGUCUGAGGACCUGACCAGCGUGAGAUGUGGAGCGAGACAGCAGCUCCCUGAGAACCCAGAGAGGCUGAAGUAUGGCAUGCUGGGAUCUGAGUCACUUGAUUCAGGGACCUGUGAGGUAGAGGUGGGAGACAGUGCUCAGUGGGAGCUGGGUGUAAUAUUUUUUCUUCGCCGCAGCAGUGUUGUUCAUUAUUGUAAGAUAGGAUUACAUAACGGUAGAUACAGAUCAGAAUCAUCACAUCAAUCUGGAGAAUGGGUUGAUCUCCCAGCGAAGCAGAAGUUACAGAGGAUCAGAAUGAAGUGGGGUCCGACCACUGAAGUAUCCUUCAGUGAUCCUAAAACCAACCAGACAAUCCACUCAUGGAAGAAGACCAUAUCAUUGGAGAAAUCGAAGGUUUUACCAUUCAUCAAUUCCAGUGAUUCAGUUCCUUUGAAGGUUUCCCCAGGGAAGGAGCUGUAACAGUGGGUUCUGGAGUUAGGAACCAUGUGAGUGUGACUGUACUGCUCUUUAUUUCUGUGUUGUAAACCAUAAUCUGUAUUGUCCUUGUUGAUCCGUAAGCAAUGGAAAAAAGAACAAGGAUUUGAAUAAUGCAAAUAAUAAUGUUAAGACAUGCAUGUUUUCUUGUCAGGUGGUCAGAGAUUAAUGUUGUGGUUUCCUAAUUACGUAAAAUCAUGUUAUAGUUUCAAUUUGUAAAAUUAUGGAUUAUUACUAAAUUAAUUUAACAGGAUUACGUAUUGCGUGAAUGUGGGACAUAACCAAGUAUUAGUAUUAGUCUUUAAAUCGAUCAGGGUGAUUGUUAGGGGUGCUUCACAGGUAAUUGGAAGGCCUGAUUGUCAGUUUGAUUUUGAAAUCAAUAAAGUUUAUUUUGGUAUGUGAA